AUUCUAUUUAAUUAACUUAUUAACUUAUUAACUUAUUAACUUAUUUAACUUAUUCUUAAUUAAUUUAUUCUUAUUAACUUAAUUAACUUAUUAACUUAUUUAACUUAUUCUUAAUUAAUUUAUUCUUAUUAACUUAUUCCUAUCAACCUUUCAUUAUAUUAUGUCCACGUUUGAAUACCAGGAUAAGUUACAAAAACUUCCUAUACCUGAUUUUGUUCAAACCUGUCAGCAAUACUUGAAUGUAUUGAAGCCGCUUCAAACUGAAAAGGAACAUGCUAAGACUAUCGAAGCAGUUGAGAAAUUCAUAAAAGAUGGUACGGGCAAGUAUCUUGAUUCUGAAUUGAGAAGCUAUGCCGAAUCAAGAAAUAGUUUUAUUGAACAGUUUUGGUAUGAUUCGUAUCUUAAUCAUGAUUCUCCGGUUGUUUUAAACUUGAAUCCCUUUUUUCUUUUAGAAGAUGAUCCUUUCAAUAAUGAAACCAUGUGUGUGAAUCCCCAAGUUAAAAGAGCUGCUACUUUAACCUUAUCUUCGCUCAAGUUUAUCAAAGCUUUGAAAAAUGAAACGUUACCGGUGGAUAAAUUGAAAAAUGGUCAACCUUUAUGUAUGUACCAAUACUCAAAGUUAUUUGGUGCUGCCAGAAUCCCAACCGAUGAUGGAUGUAUCAUGCAAUCGGAUGCUAGUUCAAAUCAUAUCGUGGUUAUGAGUAAGUCGCAAUUCUAUUGGUUUGACGUAUUGGAUUCAAAUAAUGAAUUGAUUAUGCUGGAACAAGAUUUAAUCGUUAAUUUCACUUCAAUCAUUCAUGACUCUCUUAGCACUCCAAUUAGUGAAAUUGCUAAGUCUUCCUUUGGGGUUUUAACCACUGAAAAUAGAAGAAUUUGGUCAAAAAUUAGACAUUCUCCCACAAUUGUCAAUAAUGCAAAUAAUAAUGAGAUUUUAUCAUUGAUUGAUUCGGCUUUAUUUGUUAUUUGCUUGGAUGAUAUUAAAUUAAAUGACUUAUCUGAUUUAUCAAAAAAUAUGUUGUGUGGUUUAUCCAUUUUAGACAAAGGGGUUCAGGUUGGGACUUGUACUAAUAGAUGGUAUGAUAAAUUACAAAUCAUCAUUACCCAAAAUGGUAAAGCUGGUAUUAAUUUCGAACAUACUGGUGUUGAUGGUCAUACGGUUUUAAGAUUUAUAAGUGAUAUCUAUACCGAUUCAAUUCUAUCUUUUGCUCAAUCAAUUAAUAGUCAUACUCCUUCUCUAUGGAAUAAUUCUUCCAAUUCAAAAUCUUCUAACCAAGAAUCUUUAGUGACUAUCCCAAGAAAAUUGGAAUGGGAUUUAACUCCUGAUUUAUCUUUGGCUUUGAGAUUUGGUGAAACUAGAUUAUCCGAUUUAAUUAAUCAAAAUGAAUUUAAACAUUUGGAAUUUAAAAAUUACGGCUCUUCUACUAUAAAAAAGAUGAAAUUUAGUCCAGAUGCUUUUGUUCAAAUGGCUUUCCAAGCUACUUAUUAUGCAUUAUACGGGAAAGUUGAAUGUACUUAUGAACCAGCCAUGACAAAACAUUUUUUCCAUGGUCGUACAGAAGCUAUUCGUACUGUUAGCCAAGAAUCAAAUUUAUUUGUUCGUAAAUUCUUUGAUUCUUCAGUUUCAAAUGUUGAUAAAUUAAAAUAUUUAUCUGAUGCUUGUACUCAACAUUCAAGUCAAACUAAACAAUGCUCUGCUGGUCAAGGUAUUGAUAGACAUAUGUAUGCUUUGUUUUGUAUUUGGAAAAGAUAUGUUGGUGCUUUUGAUGAUAAUGAUGGAAUUGUUAAUAUUGAAAAACCAAAUUCCAAUGAGCACUCCUCUUCCGAAAUGGAAAAAAGUGAUACUAUCAUUAUCGAUCAUCGUAAUAGCAUCACUAGACUUCCUGAUGAUUUUGCCCCUGAAGAGGAAAAUUCAGAUCAACAGCGUGCUUCAGUACUGACCUUGAUUGAUGAUGACGUUAGCCAUUCUUCAGAUAAUACCAUUGGUAAUGACAUAGAACAUGCGGCCAUAACCAAACCUCGUUCAAGUAGUAUUGGUAUUCGUGAUCAUUUAAAACAAAUUCCAGAAAUUUUUGCUGAUGCUGGUUGGGACAAAUUGAAUAAUACCGUACUUUCAACUUCAAACUGUGGUAACCCUGCUUUGCGUCUUUUUGGUUUCGGUCCUGUCUCUGCUAACGGUUUUGGUUUAGGUUAUAUUAUCAAAGAUGACUCAAUUUCCAUCUGUGCAGCUUCGAAACACAGACAAACUGAAAGAUUCUUGGUUACUUUGGAAUCUUAUUUAGAUGAAAUAUAUAGAAUAUUCAAACUAGUUCAUCAAAAUAAUGAUUCGGCCGCUGCUACAGCUCCAAUUGAUACUAAGCUCAGAACAUCUUCUGGUGCUAAGGCUGAAGCUUUGUUGCCUAAAAAUCCAUUACCUGUCAGACCUUCAGCUAAAGCAAAUGCUAACAAUUCGUCUUCUUUAAGCACUUUAUUGGGUGGAUAUGGCUACUUUGAUAUGGGUGAAGAGGACAUCAAAUCAAGAGGCCCAAGUCCUGAACCUCCAUUCUUGAAUAGAAAUAAUAGUGGAUUUUCCAUCAGAGAAAUAGGUAAAAAACUAAGAUUAUCUGAAUAUUGA